ACGUGGCUAACGCCACCGCACAACCUUUUAUCAGAGCUACGGGUCAAUACGUUUGUGUUCUGGCUCACCUGCUGUUUGAACUGCUAGCAUCUUGCUGCUUGUCCCUGGAUUGUCUGCUCUCUUUUACGAGGCCUUACAAGGUUGAAGUGAAUACCGGUAUCUUCCUUACCAAUCACAUGCUGAUGAUGUGUUGACUGAGAGAUUAACGAGGCGACUUUAUUCAAGUGGAGCAACAACCAGGAAAUAUGUUUGGAACAGUGCUUGUUCAAGCAUGGGAUCUGAGUGUGUUGUGACCGAGACACCUGUGACCAUUGUGUGGGAUUUACUGGCUGGAUUGAAUUAAUGGAUUUUAGAAGUAGGUCAUCAUUGCAUCAAAGUUUGUUUCACUGUGCAGAGUCAACUUCUGAGGAAAUGAUUGAUUGACUGUGUCAAUAUCAAUGAUCACUACAAUUCAUCUGUAACAAUGACAUGAGUGAAGGCCUUCUCAUCUCCCAAGUUUUGUAUCAAUAGUUUAAUGUGCCCACCACGUUGAUGAAGACUAUACAGUCAUUUCGCCAGUAUUGUUAAAGUAUGGUGUAAUGAAAGUUUUGCCCUAUCCUUUUAUCCAUGUACAGAAAUCUAAAGUGGAUGAACUCUAUUAAUCAGAUUGAUCAUGUAUUCAUAGUGUAAGUUAUCCCACCAAGUGUUCAUGCAUGUAAAUCUCAUUAGUGUUUUACAUCUGUAUUACCCAAACUUUUAUUGGCUCCAGCAGUCUGUACAUACACAAGAAAGUAUUAUUCUACUAGUGUUGGACUCUGCCAUGACUGAGGUAGAUGCUGAGAGGAGUGGGGAUGGCGAGGAGGACUACCGUCCCGUGAUCAGCUCUUACACUAACUACCACAAAUUCCUGAAGCUUGUCCACUCAGACUCAAUCUAUGAGAAUGAUGAGGAGGACUUUGAUCCCGAGUUACGUUCUAAUGGUUUAGAUGAUGAUAGUCUCUCGUCACCCACAUAUGAGGCUGCUGCACAGUCUGAUGCCAACACGCCUGUGUACCAGGACCCCCUGGAGAGGGAAAGGCAGAUGCUUGAGUGGAGGGAGGAGUUGCUCAAGGUUGAGGGUGAGAUAGCCACUCUGAAGCAGGUGCUGGGAACCAAGGUCCGUCAUGCCUCAGAACUGAAGAGGAAGAUGGGCAUCACACCCUUCCAGGAAUUCAAGACAGAUGUCAGCUCUGGCAUUCAGCAGAUAAGAUCUUCUGAUUCGUAUCAGAAAACAAAUGAAAAGCUUCAUCAAAUAAAUGACAAGAUAGUACAGUCUUCAGCCUAUCAGAAGACUGCAGCUGUAACCAAGACAGUUGGGGAAAAGACAUCAGCUGCUUUCUCAAACAUUGGUUCUUCAGUGUCCAGGAAAAUUGGGGAUCUUAGGAAUUCUUCAACAUUCAAGUCCCUUGAAGAGAGUGUUGGACAUACCUAUGCCAGUGUCAAGACAUCCCGUUCAAUAGAAAAUUUAAAGGAUCGCUUGGCCCGUGUAUCUGGCAGUCGCUCCAGCACCAGUGUUGAUGAGCAGCUGAGUGAGUCAGCUGGGGAUGAUGAUGCUGUCCAGUCCCCCACAACUCCUGGGAGCCUCCCAGAGGAGAAGGUGCCCCUCUGAGCGACACUGUGUCAUACAUCCCUACACUUGGCAUCUUCAAGAUUCUAGCUAUGAUAACCCACUUUACCACAGCAAACACAUGGUGUUUAUGUUUAAUCUAUAAUGAGACAAUAUCAAGCUCAGUUUUCAAAACUGAAUAAACUUUGGAAA